GCUGUGCAACAUCCAGUAAGAUGAUCCGCGACCACGAGAUACCAGAUCCGGACUCGCAGGUAUCAGCGUCCGAUAUGGUCGAGGAUAUCACAUUCACUCAUGGAAACCUUCCCGAGGAAGAUAGCGACAUCAAGGACUUCUAUCGGGAAUCAACAGUAUUUAUUACGGGCGCUACAGGUUUCUUAGGAAAGUUGUGUAUGGAGAAACUGAUAAGGACAUGUCCGGAUAUCAAUAAAAUAUGGAUCCUUAUCAGACCGAAGAAAGGCAAAGAGGUCAGCAAGAGGUUCGACGAGCUAUUUGACGAGCCGAGUUUCGACCCGUUGAAGAGGAACUGUCCAGACUUCAGGAACAAAAUUCACAUGGUGAUGGGCGAUGUAGGCUCGCCAGGUCUAGGAUUAAGUGAAGAAGACAAAGAAAAACUUAUAGCCGAAGUCGACUGCAUAUUUCACUUCGCCGCUACGGUCAGGUUCGACGAAAAGUUGAAACUAUCGACACAUAUUAACGUUAGGGGAGUGAGGGAAAUUCUUAGGCUAGCGAGGCACAUGAAGAAACUCAGGGCGUUUGUACAUGUUUCCACGGCAUAUUCAAACUGUACACACAAAGUCAUAGACGAAAAAUUCUACAAUCCACCGAUGACAGGCGAAAAACUCAUAAACCUUGUAGAAUGCUUAGACGAGGAUAUGCUAACUGCCAUCACGCCUACGUAAGUUGGAUAUUUGCUUAAAAUUACAUCCUAUAGGGAAAAUAUGUGUCUCACAAGCAUCUUUUUUCAAUGAUAAAAAUCGUAGUUACAAACGAGACGAAAUUCGAGAUAUUGGUGUUUCGUACGGAACAUCAAUGAAUUGCUGUACAUUGGGUAGAAUUAUUUAACAAUAAC